CUCUGAACAAUAAUAGAAUGUGCUGUUUAUCAUGUGUUGAAAUGCUAACAGAAUGUAAUAUAUGGCCAUAACGUCGUCGGUCUACCGUGUGCUGUGCGGUCAAACGUUCCUCGUAAGUCAGAUUUAGAGUCUCUUUCCUGAAUUUUGCAAGAGUAUUUUGCCUUUUUGGGACUAUCUUUUAUGUAUCCUGUGAAUCUUCUACAAUAACUUCGUCUUAUGAUUUAAAUUUCCUCACAUAAGUCAACGAUUCUUAUCUGUAGGCUCGCACAAGCACAAUAUCCUUUCCGCAAUUGCUAGGCAAACUGAUAUGCAGGAAUCGAAGCUGGAAAACCCAUCGCUUGUAAAAAAGCUUAAAUAAUUCUUAUGCGUUUACUGUAAACGCGAAGAACGAUCGUCAACCGCUGUCUUUUCUUUCGAUAUAAUUCAUGAGCUAGUUACACGUCGACAUCUUUUGCGGUGUGCACAGAAAUUGUUUUUUCUAUGAUAAACCACAUCUUUAUAACAAUUAAGCCUUUGAAAAUAAUUAUCUCAAAAAUAUACGUAGAUGCAGUAUGUGACGAUAAAAAUUGUUGGUUUUUGUUUAUUUUUGGUAAAAGAUGACGGUAGUGUGUGCAUUAUUUCUUUUCUUUAUAUGAUAAAACAAAAUUUAUUCAAGGGAUAGUACUUUUUUGUAUGUAGUUUAUGAAUAGGUUAACCUGUUUUUAUUUUCAAGAGGACAGAAGGGUCAAAACUGUUAAAAUUCAAAAUACCGGUAGAUUGCUAUACAUAAAAAGCCUCACUCAAGGAGUUUUGCUGGCAGUGUUGCAUAAACCACCAGGGCUCAGCAUCGUAGUCUGGGACAAGUAGUUUUUCUUGCUUUCUUAAUUAGAUGCCUCAUGCAGUUGCUGAAUGGGCAAGGGUGUAAGCAAUUCAUCCUUUAACAAAAUCAUUAACAACAUGUAGCAAAAAAUAGCUGCAGGGGAGGCAAAAUAUGAGAACCAUACACUGUAAUACCUCUCUUGCAACAUGAAUUUAUGUAUAAUAAAAUAGGACCUGAUUUUGGUAAUGAUUGUGUUGCAUUUAUACUUUCCAGUUGAUGAUUAACCAGUACAUGUAACAAUAGAUUUUGUAUGGAGCCAUUUCCUCAGAGCAAGGCUGAGGGGACAAAGAAAGUUAUUGUUGCUACCAAGAACACCAGCAACAAUGUCCUUAGAGCACGACCAGCCAAAGGUGCCGCUUCCUCACGACAUCACAAAAAUCGUCCUGCAAAGACUUUCCCUGGCAGUCCCCCAGCAAAUGGCAGCCUGAUAAAUCUGUCCUGGCAUAAUGUAAGAAACGGCAUCCCAGAGAAAACCCCUUUGGGGCAUUACCAAUCGGGAACAAGUUUUGAAACUUCAGGCAAUGGUGUGCGACUGAAUUCCAGUAAUUUUCUGUCAGAAUCCAAGUUUAAUGCAACACUGUUUUCAUCAGCUGCUGGUCAUAGCAGUCGCGGGUUAGAUGAUGAGGAGGCCAUGGACAUUGACCACCAAGAUAUUGAUAUAAAUGAUGAAGCUGCCUGUGCUGUGGCCACAUGUGACAGUGGUUCUAAGCUGACAGAAGGAAUUUCAUCUGCUCAUGAUCGGCCUAGAGCACCAAAACACAAGAUUGUUACUGAUGAUUAUACAGCUGAUGAAGAAAAAAAUAGAAAUGCCUCCAGCACUAAAUCAAUGGUAACAAACUCUUUCUAGCCUGCCCAACAGAUAGAACAAAACUUCUGGUUAAAUCCAUGUACAAAAUAGCGUCAGAAUCGUUGUUCUGGGUUCCAACCUGUGUACAAGGAUUUCAGUACAUGCCAUGAUUGGCCUGUUAAUUUGCCAAUCAGGUUGAGAGGAAAUUCAAAAUGUAUUUCUGGUAAUUCAUUGAGUCUGUUGUGGGCCCAGAAGAAGGAUAUCACGACUGCUUCAUAGACAUUACUAACAGGGUUUAGAUUAUGUCUGCUAGGCAGGUUAACCUCUUUCAAAUUUAUUAUGUUUACUUCCUAGUUGGUAACCCUUUCACUCCUUUCAUUGGGGAGAUUAAAACUGCAACAAAAAGAUUUCUUAAAUUCCAUUUCGAAUUCGCAUAUUACACUUUCUUCUUAUUCAUUUGGAAUUGAUACAUUGUACACAUUGAUACACAACGGCACCAGAGUUCCUUUGUAAACUAUACCCAAUCCCAUACCAAAAUGGGCAAAAUCUAUACCCGUUUUCAGACCAAAACGGUGCAAAAGCCCUAUCCUUUAGGGCGACCCAUACCUACAUAUAUAUGGCUCAUAUAAGGGAGUCUUCCCCGGGCAUGUACGUGUAGCACACUGAUCACUAGCUACUGAAAUUACUGAAUGCAUUCAGUAUUUUGUAUCUGGCCUUCAGAAUUAUUGCUUUUCUGACGUAUGGAUAUUAGGGACAUUGUGGACACAACAUGACUGCAUAGUGUUUCAGUUUCUGUAGAAGCUGUAAACACCAUAAUAUUGUCACUGAAUGUGUAACAGCGUUAUUGUAUUGGUGAAUUGUAUAGGAAACCAAAGAGGAGUCAAGUGUGCCAGUUGUAAACCAAACAAAGGAAACAGUAACAACUGCACCUGAUCAGAAGGCUACAUCUACAACUAGCAUACCACAGAAGAGGAGAGCAAUUUACAUAGUACUUCAUGUUAGCACUAUUAAGAUUGGACAGCUGGUUGGUAAAGCAUCUGCACCUGUUAAGGUACACAAAUAUAACCUCACCCCCCCCCAAUAUGGUGUUGGAGAACUCAUGCAACGACAGACUAAUAAAUUUAUUAGUUGACUUAUAAGUUAUUGUUUUGAGUUUAUCACUUGCAAAAAAUGUUAAAUGAGGCAGUUUCAUGUCAUAGGCGUGCAAUGAUGGCAAGAAAUGUACGAAAAAGCAUGACGCACAUGCAAAGUUGUUCUUCUGCUAAUUAAACCUAUUGUUUGUUUGUUUGUUUUUUUGCUGUUCUCGGUGCUUUUACUAUUGUAGGUGCUUAAUUAAAACAAUGCAGGCCACAGAAUUUAAAAUAGGGCAUUUUUGUGAGAGAGAAAAUCAUAUAACUUUACACAGAACAAUUUUUGUUUAUGCUCCCCCCCUGGCAUUUUUGUCCUUAGCAAGUAAGUGUUGAAUAUCGUAAAAUUUUUGCAGAUUUAUGCGGAAAAAGUUUUUAUAGAAAUGGAGACAGCUGAAGGUAUAGUAAGAUAAUUGUUAUUUUAAUAUUAAUAUUUUCUUAUUUUACUUAUCCUUCCAAAUAAUUUAUUCACCAUGAGAAAUUUUUUUCAUAGAGUGACACAAGUGGCUUAGAAGAAAAAAAUCUGAGUACAUGUAGUCCCAAUAGGGGUACAGUUUCACCAGUUUCCAUGGUUCACUAAGGUGUUCGACUAAUGUCAAUUCACCCAUGAUGCAUUCAACUGCAGUGAUUUUGGUACAGGAUUUUGGUAACAGGUCGAAUUGAACUAUGCAUAAUACUGAAGUAUAUUAAUGUAAAGGUGUGUGUUUAUUUUUUAGGAAAUGGAUGCAAAAGGGCUUCUUAUCAUUUCAGAAUUCCUUGCAAAGAUUUAACAGAGUGCAGGGUACAUGAAUUAUUUUUGAACCUAUUUUAGCUACAACUAAAAACAGAGAUAUCGGUUACAAAUAUUUUUAAUAGUUUUCAAUUUUUAAUUAUACAUUUGUUUAGUAUUAUUCUUAUUUUUCUCAUAACUGUUGUAUGCAUAACCCCACCAGCAGUGCUGAUCUUCCCAUCUUGUUAAAAUAAAAUUCUUAUCUUAUCUUAUCAUCGGGAGAAUCUCAUGUUAGAUUUUAUAGAGUUUCCAGGUUAAAUCAUUGUUUGAAUCACUUAUGCCAGAAGCCUUUUUAUACACAUUUUAAGAAAGUAAUUUUUUUAAUUGACUUAGGUUAAUUUUGGUGGGUCACCUUUGCUUUUGGUUGUUAAACCAUCUGCUGCUGGAGCCAGUGCUAUUCAAGAAAAAUGCAAAGAAAGGGGCGAGUUUUUAGAUCCUCAGAGUCAAGGUACACAGUAACCUUUACAUGUAAAUGUAUACAGCUGUUUCGAGAAAGGUUGUCAGAAAAAGUGCAUGCGACAAUCCCGAAAGGUAUUGUGGGUGGUUUUUAGCUCACUGUUUUUCAAAGAAAUUUCAAAGAAUGGCACGAGAGGCCAUGGACUUAUGUUUGCGAGGGCUAAAGGAAAGCAACAAAAGUAGGUUUGACAGCUACAGUCGUCAGGAACAGUGUAUUGAUCAUAUCCCAUAUUACCUUUCGGGAUUGUCGUGUGCACAGUUUUUUCGACAACCUUUCUCGAAAUAGCUGUAUAGCCGUACCCCUAAGUAGAGCCUUUCCAGUCUGGGACGAGAGUGAUUGUACCCAAAUGUCCAGGUAGGGUAGGGAAUUAAAUUGCCCAUGUGUAGUCUAGAACUGCUUUAAACAAGAAAAUGAAUGUGGUUUAUUAUGAGGUAAGGAUGAUGUGGUGACGAAUUUGUGGCCAUGAUGUAGCAGCAGCACAUUCCCACACCCAAGAAUAUCUUUAUUAUAAAGACCCAACAGUGAACUUGGCACCAGUUGUGCAAAAGGUGGACAGCACAGUAUCCACUGGAUAAAUCACCACCCACUGGAUGGUGCAAAAUUAUUGGUUUCCCCAAUACUUAUGUGCUGGAUAGCGAUUUAUCCAGUGGAUAGCGCUAUCCAUCUUUUGAACAACCAGAUGGGGCUUGGACUCCUUUAGGAUCAGUGUACCUGCUUUACUUAUUGUGAUAUUGAACCCAUUAUCUUUACUACUGGUAGUUUCUUAUAAUAAAUGCUUGAGGGAAUUUCCUGGAUUCACUUUACUGCAGCUUACAGUGUGUAAGUGGCAUGAUGACUUGAGAGAAAUUCUGCCUAUUGAUUCUUCUUAACCUUCAGGAUGGAAAUCCUCUUGGUUUUAAUUACAAUUUAGGGUGCCUGUUAAUGACAUGAAACCAUUGAUUUUGUUCACAGACGUCAAGAAAAGGUACAUUGUUCUUGUUAUGAAUUACCAUGUUGUGCCAAGGGACAUUAAGGCUGAUUUAACUGAACUGGUGAGUAUUCGCUUGUUUUAGUUGUAGUUCACAUUUUCAGUGUCAAUAAUAAUUAAAUGUGGCUAAUGUAAUUUACCAGUAGGCCAGGUUAAACAUGAAACAAUGCUGGCUAGGGGUCUCCUAGCCUGCCAAAAAAUCCGUUUCUCCUCACUCUUCGCCGCUGGGGACGUUUCGCGCGGAGGAACGUCUGCGACUCAGCGGCAAAAAUUCUAUACUGAUGACAUAAAAUCUGUCCGAGAUCCGGUCAGAAGCGCUGAUUGGUCGACGGAGUAGUUACAUUGUUUUAGCUAUUGUUUACGAAUGACAGACAAAAGACUAAAGGCCACAAAGGUCAAAUGUAAACGCGAAGAAUCUCUAGCAAAACAGUCAUAUUUGUGGAAUAUACUCUACUCUAGAAGAAGCAUUUGAGUUUUGCUGGAGCUUGUUGGUAGAUGAACACCACACUUUACCAAAAUCAACCAGAAGACACGUAAAAUUUCCUUUUCAUGAGGUCGGUCAUUUCACUUAAGUUGCCUUCUUGUGCAGUAGUUUUUAGCUAUUUUUGCCCCCACCCCUCCCUCCCUCUGGAUGUGUCUUGGUAGGUAUCUGCAAAAGACUCCCCACUGAGGUUCUCAGGGUGGUUAUCUCCUCCGUGCUCUUGCAGCUCCCCCCAGUUUGUCCAGUCACCUCCAACAACAAUUUAUUCAGUAACAAAAAAUCAAGUCUAACAAUAUUGGAUGCCCCGUUAAUAGCUAUUAAGCUAAUCUGGGUGGGGCAAGACAAGACAAAGGCGAUACUGAAUACUUAUUACAAAAAGAAAAGAAAUACAAUUAAAGGCAGAAAGAAACACUGGAAGUUUUCACAACAGUUAUAUGUGAUUAGUUUAAAUGUGAAGUACCGGUAUUGAAAUCUAUUAUGCCUUUUAUGAUACAUGUCAUGAUGUACUUUUGUUUUUUUAGUUUCAGAAUCGUUUUGCUGAUCAAUUGACUUGGAGUGAGCUUGGGUAAAAUUUGCCAUAUUUCUUGCGAACACCUUUUUCUCAUUGCUGUUACAUCUUAUUACAACUUCUGCACCACGCCAAAAGACAAAUGCGGAUCUAUUUAUUCCUAAGAUGUGACCAUUCAAACAAAGGUGUGACCAUUCAAACAAACUCUUUUGGUAAAAUGUUUUAGCAUCUACAGUGAUAUAGCUAAGUAAAAGCCAAGCAGACAUAUUUUAGUCAACCAGCUUUUUGCUUAACUUCACCCUUUUUGGCCGGUCACCAAAGACGUAGUCAAUAUAAACAACCAUACUUUAACUGAAGUGCUAAUAUUAUUAAAUCGUUAUUUAUUUUGAACAUAAGCCCACAAGAAGCUCAGGACAUUCUAGACCAGAAGGAUGAGCCUUCUUCUUCAGUUGAAGCUUCAAGUGCACAGUCACCAAAGCGGGCCAGUCCAAUCAGCAAAGAGCAACGAAAAAUAUUAACUCCUAAAGGUACAGUGACUAACCCUUUUAAAACUCCCGAUCAUUAUACGUUUCUGGAACUGCCCACCUACCGCUCCCCUAAGCCAACAUUUUGCCCUAAGUGAGAAGCAAGUGUGAAGUAUAUAUGAAAUAAUUCAUUUUCAUGAGAAGUAAGUGUUAAUGUUGGCUUAGGGGAGGGGUGGGUGGGCAGCGAGACUCGUAACCUGUUGGUGUAGUCAUUUUACUGGUAAGACACGUGGUCAACACGGAGUUUGAAACACGGUAAACGAGUCACGGAUUGACUACUAGGGAUCUAUAUAGUCUAAUUGUGUAUUCUUGCAGGCAAAAGUGCUCGUAAAAAGCUCUUUGACGAGGGAUCAAAGUCUGCUCCGGUAAGGAAUUUCAUUUUUUUUUUUAUUUAAGACUAAGAUCUUUGGCCACCUUCCUUUUGUGCAAUCUCACGUUCUGUAGCCAAGCGUGAUAUCCACCCAUCUCUGCACCCGAAGAGAAGUUAAUUUACAAAGGGAAAAAUGGCCACGCGCGAGAAUAUCCUCUUCAUUCAACCUUAAAUGUAACUUGAAUUUAUGGCAUUCACCUUCUCCAAACAGUAUUUCUUGUAGCCUACAAAAACGUUCUCUGAGGAACUCCGCCGGAUUCUUGGAGCGGGGGAGAGAACCACUUAAAGUGCUUGCUCACAGGUUAUAUUUCUGACAGCUCUGAUUUGUGCGACGUUUGAGUGUUUGGUCUGAUGCGCAUCAAACUUGGUUCAUCAUCAGCUGUGUCGAUAAUUAGGUUAAUUGGCCACCGCUAAGACAGGCAUACCGGAGAUUAAGCUUCAAACGAUAGAGUGACUGUUGCUCCCGUCAGUUUUCCGAGUAGAUGUAAAGAGUAGCGUUCCCACCUGAAUACAUUCAGCUAGAUUCACACGGCACGGUUGAAAAUUCGUGCGGACGAAAAUUUAGACACCUAUCGUUCAACUCCGUGUGAACAGAGCCAAAAUAUUAAACGGUCACGUGUGAACGAACUGUCCGGUUAAAUUUUUAACCAGUCGAAAAUUCGUCUUGUGCCAUGUGAACGCAGCCUUAACAUUCGUGACUUGCCCAACCUCCUCCCUCCCUCCCCCCACUCCACACCACCACCACGACACGCACACACAGACAUCAUGAAAACGAUAGGUAUUUCAUUUAUUUAUUGGCCUCAAUAACAUAGUAAGAAGUCUGGAUAGCUAACAGAGCAAGUUUCAUGUGCACCCAAUAUCGUUCAGUCUUAUCUCAUAUGGAGGCCUGUGUAGGCGAGCGGUUAACACCUCCAAUACCGGAUCUGAAGGUCCGGGGUUCAAGCCUCGUCAGUCGCUUUGCUUCCUUAGGCAAGCAACUUUACUCCACUUUGCCUCUCUUCACCCAGGUGUAAAAAAUAUGGGCACCGGGGACAUACUGCUGGGGGGUAACACUGCGAUGGACGAGCAUCCCGUCCAGAGGGAGUAGCAAUACUCUUAGGCAUGCUGCAUGCUAAGUAAACCUGUCCUUUGGGCCUUUGGCUCUUGUGCACCUUUACCUUUACAUCACAUGUAUCAAUCUCCUAUUCCCGAUCAAUGUGAGUCAUUUCAUAUAUUUCCAUCCCCUUCUCCAUCAAAGUUAAUCUCCAUUGACAUAAUCUGUCAUGUUCACUAAAGCCUGGUUUUCACUAGCGCAUAAGUAUAAGCAUAAACACAAGCACAAGAAAAACGGGUAAGUUCGUUCCUCUUUUGCUUGUGCUUAUGCUUAUGUCGUAGGUUUGACUAGUGAAAACUGUGUCGACAUAAGCACAACGCCGUGGACCAAUCAUAGGUCACUUUGACCCAGACCUCAUGCGAACAUAUCAAAAACAAUAUGGCAGACUUUUCGUCCGCCAUCUUCUUUGUCAUCGGGUUGAGGAGAGCUGGUAUCGAGAAUUGAGUCAAAUAUGCCAUUCUGUGUGUGCUUAUGUCCUUAUGCUUAUGUGCUAGUGAGCACCAGGCUUAACUAAAAAAGAAAGUUUAUGUUUGUUUUACAGACCAAACUAUCGGUGGCUUCCUCCGGUGGCAUGGUUGAGUGUGACCUUGGGUCCGCAGAAGGCAAAAAUAUGGACAGAUCUAACGCUUUGGAUAGCGUCAUACAAACACGGAGCAGGCGACGCAAAGCUUCUGCUUUCACGGAAAGUGAAAAGCCUGCGCUAACAGGUUCUGAAACAGUCAAACCAGAUAUCUUACUUCAUCACAAGAAGAUGGAAUCACAUAUAAGUUUACUCGAUCAGCAUAGCAAAGAACAGAGGGAGAGCUUACAGCAACACCAGAAAUUACUGGAAUUUGAAAGAGGAAAAUUGCGCGAGGUGGAAGAGGAAAAAGAGCGCAAUCUCGGGCGAAUGAGAGAUUUAGAGAUUAGUUAUUCGGCUGAUAAGGAACGGCUAUUAGAAAGGGUCAGAAUUUUAGAAACAGCGUUGCAUGAGAAGGAUCAGAUUUUAACCCAGCAAGCUGUUAAUGGAGAUUUGAUAAGUAACGAGUUGGAACAAGAAAGGAUUUCAGUGAGGCAGCUUCAGAAAGAACUUGACCGGGAGCGUGAAGUAAACUCGGGUAUGCGGAAAAUUCAGAGCGAUUUGGUGCGAGUGAGCCGAGCGCUGGAUGAAGAGACAGUCUUGAGAAACACGCGAGAGCAACAGCUGAGAGAAAAGGAAACCAACUUUCACGGAUUGCAGGAAACCUUAGCUGACGAACAACAAGCAAGACUUAGACUUGAAGAGGAACUACGUCAAGGAAGGGAGACCCGCGCUGAGUUAGAAAGAAGGUUAGAAAACGAACGUCUGUUAAGGGAGACAAGUCGACAAGAUGUUCAAACAAAAGAGGAUACAAUUAGAGAGCAAUCGCAACUUUUACAGCAAGAACGCGAGCUCAAGUCAGGUUUAGAGGAACGGGUAAGAAAUAUGCAAAUUCAUGUUGAAGAGGAAAGAAACAGGAGAAUUGCAACUGAACGAGAACUGACUGAGGAAAGAAUCACUUUACAGCAGGAUCGAGAAAAUCUGGAAAGAGAACGAGAAAUUUACCAGCAAAGAAUCCGCGACAGUGAACGAACAGUGUCGGAAAGCGAGCACCGACUACGGGAGUUGCAGUCAGCGGUCGCUGCAGCCCAGGAGGCCUUGGCCGAGUAUAGGCGUCUUGAACCACGUGACUGGAUCAUCAGACGUGAUGAGGUUAUGCUGAGUGAAAAGAAUUUGGGAGCUGGAGCCUGGGGCAAGGUGUACGAAGGAACGUUUCGUGGUUGCCAGGUAGCUGUUAAGCAGAUUCACGAUCUGAUUCUUUCGCCUCAUAACCGCAGACUGUUCGAACGAGAAAUGAGUAUUGCUUCGCGCUGUCGGCAUCCUCAUUUACUACAGUUUAUUGGCGCUACUAACGACGAUGGCAGUCCGUUAUUCAUAACUGAACUACUCGACACUGAUUUACGAAACGUUUUAUCUCAGCGCGCGUUGCACCACGAAGAAGUGGUUUGCAUCGCUUUAGAUGUCGCCAAGGGACUAAACUAUCUUCACCUUAACAAGCCAUUCCCCAUCAUUCAUCGCGACAUCAGUAGUUCAAAUGUGUUACUAUGGAGACGCGAUGAUUGCUGGAGAGCUAAGCUGUCAGAUUACGGGGCAGCAAAUUUCAUGCGCCAGUACAUGACGUCUAAUCCGGGAGCCAGGAUAUAUGCCGCGCCUGAAUCCCAGACUUCUCAGCAGUCACCAAAGGUGAGCACAAACUACUACAUGUCUGACUUAACUGAGGCUUCUCAAUAGGUUUUUCGGAAUGCGGGAUUUCCCUUAUUUGAAGCUCGGUAUUCGGGAUUUUAAAGCGGAAUCGGUCCUCAAUCGGGGCAAGAUUCGGGAUUGAAAGUAUGCGUGGGAGGUGCGACACCAAAAAUAACCUUCGGAACGAAGGGAUUACACGAAAUUUUGGGUCGGGAUUACGGGUUUGAAGAGCCCUAUGAUGGUGUUUCUGUAAAGUUGACUUUAAAUAAUAGGACUGGGGAGCUCGUAGAUGGCAAAGGCUGCUGGAGGAAAGGUUGGUCUGUUGUUUUCUAGUCACUACCUAUAAUCUGUACAAUUACCGUAUUUACUCGAUUGAACACCACAGUGGAAGCAAAAUUACCGAUAGACGCCGCUUCUUACGAAAAGAAUGCGACGGUUAUUGGAAGAUUACAAGAAAAAAACGGAUCAACUCUGUAAUCUACACCAUCCAGACGAUAUUUUUUUUAUCUCAGCUAAAAAAAGCGUGACAUUGGAACUUUCAUGUUGACAUUUAGGCCUUCCUCGAAUUCUCGGCUUGCACUGUCACGCAAUGAAAAAUAAAAAUGUAAACCAUUCAAUACAGAAGGACUAGAAUCUUGGAAUUGAAAAAGAUAAAUAUGCAAAAACCCUUGCCAAGAAUCAGGUCUGUGAAAUAUUUCAAAUGCGAGAUAUUGGGAAAAACGGUUUACCUAAAUUUAUAAAGCUUUGUAUCGAAACGCCAUGUUGGUGUUCCUCUCAGGAACACCAAUAUGGCCGCCGGAUACCAACAGAAACAUGUGUUUUCGAGUUUUCCUACUAAUGCGUGAGUUCUUCGCUUGAGGAACUCAUAAAGAUUACAGUAAUAUUUAUUCUGAGACAAGGGAUGUUUAGAUUGCAAAAUCUCCCAAAAUCGCUAAUGUUUUUAACCCACAUAAGAGCUUUACCGGCCGCCAGCUAAAUGCCGCGUCACGCAAAAGCCUGGAAAUUCAAGCGUCCUCUCUCGCAAAACGAAGAACCCUUUCGAACCAAAAAUUUGUUUAUGUAAAGGUGUUUAGGUACUGUAAUACCUCGUGAAAGUAGAAACUCAGAAGAAUCGAUAGUUUCUUAGUUUGAUUUUUGGUGACGUCACGUGCAACCCAAGAAUAAAUGCCGCAUCGAGUAAAUACAGUACCUCUCAAUGGUUACAGGCCCGUAUGCUAUCAAGAAAACUGUUACAGAGAAUGUGCAAUUACGGCGGUAUUGAUUGAGAUAAGAACAAAUGUUGAAACAGAUUUGACUUUUUAAUAUAGAACAACAAUACAGUAGUGUAUUUCUUAAAACAUUUAGAACCCUAUGCCUUAGCGUUUAAAGUUAUUGCCAACGAGCCAUCCGACUCGGAUGGCGAGGCGGCAGCAGAAUAGAGCCGCGUAAGACUGGGCAAUAGGCAGAAAAAUUCUCGAUUGAGCUGAAAAAAGUGUAACCUAAUGUAAUGUAGAUUCCCCUGAGACCAAGUGGUCAGUUGUGAACCAAUCAAAAGGCAGUACCUGGUGCACGGGCUCAAGUUGAAUAACAAACAAAAUUUCACACACUUCCCGCCGUCGUGACUUCCGGUGUUUAUUUACCUGAAUUUUUUCGUCAAACCCGGCCACUGCAGUCAAGAGACAUGAGCACUUGAUAUAUUCUAUUAAUUUUUGGGGCAAUAAUGUUAAGUUUUAACGAAGAGAAGUUUGUAAAACAGCAAAAGUGUUCUAUGUGCAGCGAGCAAUAUUCUCACCACUAAAAAGGAUCAGAUUACACGAGGAGAUAAGGAAAGCUUGACACGAAGAAUGCAGUCGCUUCUGUUGGAAAAUCUGGUGUUGGGGAAAAAAUCUAACCAGUAAACAAAAACAAUGAGAACAAAAACGAAUUACAAGCCUAAAGCGAACGACAAAGGAAAAGAAAACAACGCCAUUUUUUUCGAAACCUGGCCGAGUUCAGUAUAAAAAUAAUGAACUAAAAUUAAAUACCUACGUGCCGUACAUCGCAUGUCCUUGGAAACAUUUCAGAUGGCCCAGCGAAUCAUUCUAAGUUUCAAUCCGAUAACAAAAAGCCUCGGGAAAUUUGAAAGGAGGUUUAAAUGAUUAAACUGUGCAAAUAUUUAUCAACAAAUGUGAAACCGAACGGACAGUACGUUUGUAGCUGGACUUAAUAAUCUUCCCGAUCGCUUCCUCUGCAAAGCUGACUUUUUUCUUUCAAGGCACUUCACACUUUUACAUAGCAGGUUUGUAAAGCCACCAGACUGAAUCUGAGAACUUUUCAAGAAAAUAAUCGUUGCAACAGUAAGGGACCAAGAAACGGUCAAAUGGGAAAAAAAAGGAAUAUUAUUCCCAAGGAAAAUACCCAUGAUUUACUCGUUGGCACUCUAUCGAUAGGUAUACCUAGUUUAUUUUCCACCUUAGCGCGUGAAGAAAUACUUAUUAUAGGACUUGCUGUGGCCAAUCACUACACGUUAAAACUGUUACUUGCAAGGCUGUUAAUCACAAGGCUUUGCUAAAUGUAGCCUGCGAAAACAUCCGUUUCUCCUCGCUCUUCGCCGCUGGGGACGUUUCGCGAGGAGGAACGUCUGCGACUCAGCGACAGAAAUUCCAUACUGAUGACGUAAAAUCUAUCCGGAAUCCGGUCAGAAGCGCUGAUUGGUCGACGGAGUAGUUACAUUGUUUUAGCUAUUGUUUACUAAUGACAGAAAAAAGACAAAAGGCCACAAAGGUCAAAUGUAAACACGAAGAAUCUCUAAAGGCCGGUUUACACGCUACGAUUUGUCGGCCCGAUCUGUCGGCCCGACAGUGUCGGAGCGCAAAUCGUACGUGUAUUUUGACACCCGAUUUACGGCCGAUUCGUGAAAACGAAAAUCGGCCCGAUUCAGAAAAUCUGUUGCAGUGCAACAGAUUUUUGUGUAGUCGGGCCGACACUUUCAAAGAAGCCGACAUGUCGAUCAAAAUUUUGAGCAGAGAGCAUGCGUACAAAUCAGAAGCAAUCAAAAUGGCGGACAAGAAGACUCCGAAGAGGCCAAAGUCGCGCAGUUUCCAAGAGGAAGAAAUCUCCCUUCUGAUAAGUGAAUGGUUUAAAUAUCCGUGUCUAUUUGACAAGGGGAGUAAAGAUUACCAUGACAAGAAUAAAAGAGAGAUUGCGAGAACGCAUAUAGCCAGAUCACUGAAUGAACAACUUGGAUUUGACAAAGAGGUCGACAGCACCAAAGCAAUCACCGGUAAGCCAGAAACUGUAAACUUAUGGAAAUAUUAAGUUAUUUUUAUUCUUGUUGGUGUGACAGAUAAAAAAGUUAAUCACUUUUGUGGCUAAACUACCGAACUGUGAAGCCUCUUUGUUGUACAAAAUCAAAUUGUUUUUGCAGAGAGUUUAACAUGGCACAAAGUUUAUCAACGUAGAAUAAUUUCCAUACAGUUUUUUUUACACAGUGUAUUCUUUGAUCUUCAAGCCUGGUUUCCAAUUGGGAAAGACACCUUAUUCCAAAAUGGCGGUAACUUUAUUAUUUUUUUACAUGUGUAUUCAUGUUAAUUUGCCCUCUUUUUCUCGAUCGCAUCUGUAGAAUUUAAAAGAAUUUUUAACUGAAAACGAGGCAACAAGGGCCAAUAAGCUACUUUCGAUAUAUUAAAAUUCAGCAUGAUAGCGAGUCUUAGAGGACACAAACAAAGAAAAUGAAUAAACAUGAAUAAUCAUGGUUUAUUCAUUUUCUUUGUUUGUGUCCUCUAAGACUCGUUGUCAUGCAGAAUUUCAAUAUAUCGAAAGUUGCCUAUUGACAUGGGACACGAAGGAAAAGCAAAAUCGUCGCUCGGAAUAAGGUGUAUAAAUACAACCUUGAGAAUAAGAGUUUAGUCUUACUGUUUGUGUGUAGGUCGCAUUGUGCCUGUGCUUGUCACAGUGUGAAUGUCAUUUUGCUUUAUCUUACUUAUUGCAGAAGUAGAACCAGGCUUCAUGAUUCAUUAACGUAAGUUGCCUGGUGAAAAAGAAAGACAGAGAGACAGAAGCAGAAUAAACAAGUCAUUUUGGAAGACAUAAUAGUGAUUCUUUUUUUAUUUACUUAGUUUACCAAAAUCUUUGGUUGUUUGUGUGUGUGUGUAUAGGGGGGGGGGGGGGGGGUCCAUUUUGGCUCACUGUCAGCAUCUCUUCCAGACCAGGUCAAAGUCAAAUUUGCCCUUUUAAUUAUUAUAUAUUUAGUAUUUAUGUUUUAUUUGUUUAGAUCAUGAUGUGCAAAACAAAAUUGAAAAUCUCCGUACUUAUUUUGGCAAGGAGUAUGGUAAAGAAUGUGAGACCAAACCCAAGUCUGGUUCAGGAGCUGUGCAAGCAUUCAAGUCAUCAUGGCCAUGGUAUGAAUCUCUGAAGUGGCUGAAGGACCAUAUUGGUCAAAAAGAGAGUAUUUCAAACCUGGUAGUUAAUUUGGAUGCCACCACUGACUCUGACGGCAGUAAUUCAUCUGUCAUUACUCCCAUCACCAAUAAAAAAGGGAAAAAAAUUAAACUGAGUGCUGAAGAAAAAAUUGUCCAAGCAGCUGAGGCAAUUGCAGAAAAAUUUCCAACACUGCCCAGUGGAGCUGGGAAUGUGAGGGUGACUGAUGAUGAACUUUAUGGUCAAAUGAUUGCACGGAAGUUAAGCACUUUACCAGAAGGAGAAGAGAAAGAAUCCCUUAAACUUGACAUUCAAGUAUUAAUUAAAAAUGUUAUGUUCGCUAAAGCUUCACAUCAGAUUCAGCACCAUGAACAGCCUGCUUACCAACUGUACAAUUUGGGUGGUCCUCAAUAUACCUACCAAUGAUUUUAGGAAACAUUAUUUUGGCAAAAGAAAGAGUAAAUAGUUCAUUUGUCAUCUUAUAGUUUUGUUCAGAAUAAGUUCUAUUGUUAAGCUGUCUCAGUAUCCAGACAAAACAGCAUUCCCAUCCAAAGGUGUAAAGUAGCUACACUUUGAACAUUGUUGAUAUUGUUAUUGUUGUUAUUAUUGUUAUUGUUAUCAGAAGGAUAUAUCUGAUGAAUUUGUUUGCUUACAGUGCUAUUUAUUGGAGCAAUGUUGUUAAUCUGUAAUGAAACCCUGAAAGUUACUAGGAAGAUAAGAGCUUAAUGUUCCUCAUGAAAUAAAAGUAAUUUGAAGUAAUUAAAGUUGAUGCUAUAUCUAUUGAAAAACAUGUUCCCAAGAUUGCAGCUUUUCAAUUUGCAAUUUAACACAUACAUAACAUAAUUUAUAUAGCGCUAACUCCACUAAUUGACCAAAGCCCAGUGUUGCACCAUAAUUUGCCGGUAAUUCAGCAUUGCUGGUGAAAAGUGUUUAUUACUUAGGAAUCUCUAAAGCAAUACAAAAUCAAACUUUAUUCGAAAAAAAUGACAUUAAACGUCAAACGUUACAUUCCUGUCAAUACAAGUAGCACUCCUGCUAUUCAAGUUAUGACAACAAAACAGAUUUUUGUAAAGUAGCAAGCACAAUUCGGUAGUAAAGUUUGAAAAAAGCUACCCACCAUAGAUCAGUGGCAAGAAGGGUAGACGUUCUUAUUGUUGUGCAUUCAUGGAAAGGAGUGUGUCAGAAUAGCCUCUUCCAGGCAUUGAUAUAGUCAGGGAAGCAGUUUAAAAAAUAAAUGUACAGCGCAAGAAAAAAUUUUAAACAACAUGAUCCUUAGUCAUGGGUUUCACUGAAUAGUCUGUAUGAAGUCAAUUUUUUUUUGGGGGGGGGAAGGGGCCUUCUUGGGCCCCCUUUCUUGAAUAGGAGCUCCCUAAACUUCCAGAAGGGGGCCCACUCAGCCUUCACAGGCCAGUUUCUACAAUAAACCCUGAUAAUAUGACCUUAUUGUUUAGCUCACAUGAAAUUUCCAAACAAAACAUUCUCAUCAAAAGCAUCUUUUAAAAUGACCUAAUUGUACAAAAACGACUUGUGACUUUGAAUGAAUGAUAACACCACAAAAUCUUGUUACUAAUUUUUAACAGGAUACUUAAGAUAAAAUCUCAAACCCAUUAACUCAAGUCUAUGCUGACUCUUAUAUGUUUUUGUUUACCUUGGAAGUACUAGUUAGCACGGUCCAAAUUGCACUUACUUUCUGAAAGAUAACAAAUCCAAAAUACUGUGAGAGGAACUUGCAGUAAAAUCAAUUGUUGUCCCUCCUUUCUACAUAAACUAAGAAUUUCUCUAAAAAGACAUCUCAAAUUAUUUAAUGUUUUCCUGACCAUCAAAGAAUUCUUCCUGUCAUUGUCAGAAACCCUAAAGUUUGCACUGUUAGAAAAUUAAACUACUAAAGCCUUCCACUGCCAGGGGAUAGCACCUGGUCCAUUUACAUAAUAGCAAAUUAUGUCUCUCAUAUCUUCAGCAUUCUUAGGACUCCUCUCUUUACAUUUUGGCAUUGAUCUGAAAUUGCUUGAAUUGCUGCUGGCACUUUCUCUCCAUGAACCAGUAAUGACAUCACCAUUCUCAUUUUCAUAAUCCAUGCUACCAGGGGGACAGUAGGAACAGGAAGAUUUGCGAAGUAGCAUGUUGUGAAGUGCACAACAAGCCAGACCAACUUUGGUUGCCUUAUCAGGACCGAGGCGCAUCAUUGUGUGAAGAACACCAAAUCUAGCAGCCAAUAUACCAAAUGCAUUUUCACUAACUCUUCUAGCUCGUGAUAACCGGUAGUUAAAGAUUCUCCUCUCUUCUGACAACUGCCGCUUAGAGUAGGGCUUCAUAAGGUGCAGUCCCAAGGGAAACGCAUCAUCACAAACAAAAAAGUAGUCAAUGUCUAUAUCACUGGUGUCUUCAAAGACAGGAUCAGGAUUUUGUGGCAGUGGUUUUGCUUGAGGAAGAUAAAUACUGUUUUCCUCCAAUGCUUUCCACAGAGAGGUUUUGCGGAAUACGCCACCGUCACUGAUGCUUCCCUGGCAUCCAACAUCCACAAAAAGAAAUUGAUAUUCAGGGCCUACAAAUGCCAUGAGUACCAAGCUGUAGUAACCUUUGUAGUUGUAAUACUCUGAUCCACUGUUGCUUGGACAAAGUAGACGAAUGUGCUUUCCAUCACCGGCACCUAGACAGUUUGGAAACUGCCACCUAUCCUGAAAUUCCUUGGCAAUGUUAAGCCACUCCAACUCACUUUGUGGACAGGCUAAAUAGUCAUCUUUUAACACAGUAUAUAUGACAUUACAUACAUAAGGAAUCAUGUUGCUCAAGGUACUUUUACUUAUUCUAAACUGAAAUUCCAAGCUUGAAUAGCUUUCUCCAGUAGCUAAAAAGCGAAGUGUAGCAGCAAGAUAUUCUGCUGCGGAAAUGGGCUUUCUCAUAACUGUGAUUUGCUUCUGCAAAUAAGGAGUAGUUUUUUCCAACAGAACCUACAAUAAUAGAUAAAUAAGUAAAUAAGUAAAUAAACAAGUAAAAAAUAGAGAUAGAGCUUAAUUUGACGGUUAGAAAACUGGUGUCCUUUAGAUCUUCACUGAUUACACUGUAACGACAAAUGACCAAAAAUGAACGUCGUGUCAAAGAAUCAAAGCAGACAAUUUAAUAAUUAAACAAAACGCAAACUACUGGCGAUUAUUCUGUUUAGCUGUGUCUAUUACCAUCGCCAUAAUUGUUCUUCUUAUACAGUAAAAUUACUGGUAGUUGAUGUACUUAAACGCUACCUCAAAUGUUUCCACAUCCAUGCGAACAUACUUUCUGUACGAAUAAGGAUCGCUGACCUUCAGUUCUGCCAUAAGUUGGUGAAAUGCCCCGGCUUCAGUUCGAUGCCAAUUUUUCACCCAAGCACAUCGUGUUUUUCUUUUUCGUCUCUUUUUGUUUCUUAAUAAUGCUGCAGCAAGUAACAGCAAUGACGUUGUUGCUGCUGCUAAUGAUGAAUAUAGCGCCCAGUGAUAGUCAGCCAUUUUUCUCUUUUGAGAGCAACAUUCAGUGCGCAUGCGGUUUAAAAACACCGCUUUAAGAAAGAACGAGGGCUACAAAACAUUCUUCAAGUCGGGCCUUUGGAUCGGGUGUUAAAAUACACGUACGAUUUGUGCUCCGACACUGUCGGGCCGACAGAUCGGGCCGACAAAUCGUAGCGUGUAAACCGGCCUUAACAAAACAGUCAAUAUUUGCGGAACAUGGCCUUCUCUAGAAGACGUAUUUGAGUUUUGCAGGAGCUCGUUGUCUGAUGAACACAACACUUUACCAAAAUCGACCAGAAGACACAUAAAACUGGACAAAUUUAUAUUUGGAACCCCAUGACUACCGGAUUUAUCAUGUAAACAUUGAUUUGCGUCAUCAGUAUGGAAUUUGUGCCGCUGAAUCGCAGACGUUCCUCCGCGCGAAACGUCCCCAGCGGCGAAGAGCGAGGAGAAACGGAUGUUUUCGCAGGCCAUGCUAAAUGAAACGAGUAAUCACAAGGUGACUUAAGAUGUUCAUUUGAAAACUAUUCUAUGAAACAGUGAAUGUGUAUUGGAGUCACUCCCGAGAAACAUUCAUAUACACCUUAUUCUAACACUGCUUUUUUAAUAUUGUUUCGUUUUUCGUUUGUUGGUUUGUCUGUUCUAUUUAUUUGUCUCGAUCUAUCUAUGGUUCGUUUUCUUGCAGGUGGAUGUUUACAGCUAUGGCUUACUACUGUGCGAAAUGUGUAUAAGAGAACUUCCGGUUCCGCAGCAGAUCCAAGAUCAGAUAGGCCUCGUAACUAACGGUGUGCUGAGAGAGCUCAUCAUGCGAUGUGUCGCGAGAGCCCCAGAGGCGCGUCCAACUAUGAAUGAAGUCAUAUUCGUGUUAACGCAACAAGCAGAGUCUUUGCGGGCCGGGGGCCUGGUGACGUUAAAUGGACGAACAGCCACGCUGUAAAUUGACAGUGAUCAGAUGUGUCUUGUUUUUUGCAUUUUACUGACCUCAAGAAAGAUCAGUUUCAUAGACGAGAACUAUAAGUGGCCUUCUUUUCGCCGGUUUAAACCAUUGCUUACGAAGAGCAUCGGAUUUAUAAGAAAUAAUGUAGAAUGUUUGCCUUGUCAUUUUCAUAUGUUGAUAUUUUUAUCAUUUAAGACAUAACUAAAUUUCAUUUUUAAACCCCGUUUAACCGGUUAUUUAAAUGUAGAUCAUUUUAAUCUCUGACUGCAC